GAGUCGUGCCGGCCAUUGCGCGGUCGUGUUUUGGUCCUAGAAAGAUGGCUGACUCUUGUUUUCACGAUUCUUCGUAUAAUAUACGGUGGUUUGAAAUACAUUACGAAAGUUAACGUACUGUGCAUCAAAUAAUUACAUUUAUUCAGCAAUAGGAUUGUGUUAUAUUAACAGACUGAAUUUUUUGUCCCUUAUAUUCUUCAGGUUUACGUCAAUUGCGACGUCUUAAGCGUGUCGGUCUUGUAAGUUUUAAUUUUAUAGUUUGUAAAUGAUUUUUAAUGUUUCAUCGAUUGUGUAUAUGAAGGAAAAGUGAAACUGAAGAACGUUGCCUAAUUGAAAAAAUGAAUUGUGAUUUAAUAAUCAAUUUUAUUUUUGGUUGUAUUAGCUGUUGAUCUAUUAGUAAUAACUAUUUGGUUAGGUUGGUGUGCUAGGUAAGCGACUUACUUAUGAUACCUGAACGUUUUAUUACGUGUUCCUUUCGGUGGUUCACGUUAAAAAAUGCAGUGGAAUUAAAUUUUUGAACUAUCAAACGAGUUGAUGAUUCGUCAACAAAAUGGCAACAAGUGAUUUUGAUGUGGAGCUCUUUGAGCGAAGACUUCAUACAUUAAAGGAUUCACAAGAAUCUAUACAAGGUCUUUCAGCAUGGUGUCUUGAAAGACGACAACAUCAUAAGAAGAUUGUUGCUACUUGGUUACAAGUUUUAAAGAAGGUAAAAGUGGAACAUCGUCUUACGCUCUUUUACUUGGCUAAUGAUGUUAUUCAAUACUCCAAGAGAAAAAAUUUUGAAUUUGUGGAAUCUUGGGGUACUACAUUACAACGUGCUACCACAAUGGUCAGGGAUGAAAAAGUCAAACAUCGUAUAUUGCGAAUAUUUAAGAUCUGGGAUCAGAGACAAGUAUACGAUGAGGAGUUUCUUGCUGAUUUAUCUGGUUUAAUAUCAGCUGCUCCAAAAAAAAAAGUAGAACCACAACCUGCUGCAGCACCAGAAGAAUUUCAAGCCGCAUUAUUGAUUUCUACUAUGAGAUCAUGUGCAACUCUAGAACAAGCAACAGAUGCCAGGUUACGUGACUUAAGAGAUAGUAAUAUAGAUAUAGAAAAUGCAGAAGAGCUUUGUGCAUCCUUAAAAGAUCGAAGACGUGUUGAAGAUGCUGAAAAAGAAGUUGAUUUGGCAGUAAGAAAUGUUGAAAAUUAUGUACGUGCAUUAGAAGCUGAAAUUAGAGAAAGAACUCAAGUUCUUGAAUUACUUGAACAAGCGGAUCAGUUUUAUGAGACUCAACGUGGUGAAGUUAAAAUAGUAACAAAUGCAUAUCGCAACUUUGGGAGUCGGGUGAAAAACUUGAAAAAGAAAUUGGAUGAAUUAUUACCAACAUUGGUCUCUCCUAUUCCAUCACCUGAUGUGAAUGCUCCAUCUCCAAGUCCUGAUAGCGAUAUAGAGCUACCAGGGGAUGAAAAUCAAGCUACAAAUCAGUCUGCAAUUAUAGAAGUAGCACCUCCAUCUAUUUAUGGUUCAUACACUCAUGAUUAUGACCCUGUCCCUGUUCCUGCUCCGGAGUUAACACAGGGACAUGAAUCUGGAGACUUUACUAAUAAUUUUUCAUCGUUUAUGGGAGGGAAUGUAGAUUUUGGUAAUAUGAGAAAUUUGUUUAAUGAAAGAUCUACAACACCUACUAUGAUGACACAACAGUAUAAUGAUUCAUUAGAGCCAAAGCCAAUAGAAGUGAUCAAUAUGAGGCCCUCCAAAAGUGAAAACAAUGAAGAUUUCAAUAUAUCUAGUUUUUUGAAAACUGUCCUUCCUUCAUCAGAGGGGACACAAGAUCCUGGUGGUAUACCAGGGCUAGGUUUAGAUAUUUCUGAUCCUCAAGUGGGAUCUCCCCAGCGUCCUAAUUAUAGACAUUCACCUGCAUUAGGGCAGCUUCCUGUGACUCCUACGCUCUCACGAAUGAUGAGUGCUCAGGGUUCAUCUCUCGGCACUUUAAAUAAUUGUCCAAUGAACCACAGCACUCCUAUUUCCGUUCGUAACUUACCUACCGAAUCACACACUCCUUCUCCAUAUUCCAGUCAAAAUAGUCAAAGUAAUAUCACUGUGCCGUUUGAUGGUUCUACUAAUGCGAAUGUAGUAAAUCCUUUACCUCCUCCACCUCUCCCACCACCUAUUUUUCUCGACGACGAAAACUGCUACAAUAAGCUGCCACCUAAAUUUCCUACAUGGACUUCUUCAACUGAAAUCAAAGAACCAGCAAAAUGGGAAGAAAAGGGUAAAAAUAGUAUGAAUCCAUCUUGGCCUGGUGAAAAUGACGAAAAAAAUAAGACUUCAUGGAUAGAUGGUGCUAGUGACAGAUGGGAGUCCAGUAACGACUCUGUUUGGCCUAAUAAUAUAAGAGGGAAAAGUGAAAUUCUUUCUGAGACUCCAGAAUCACCACCAAUGUAUGAAAAAACUGGUUUUGCCGAUCCUGUUGAGUACAAUGAUUCACAACCUCAAGAACCUCUUCUUAGUAGUGCUGGAGAUGUAGAUCAUAGGGUGAUACCAAUACCAUUAACAUCCGAGAAUCAAUUACCAUACAGUCUAAUAAAGGCAGCAGAUGUUGAUCAUCGCAAUUUGAUAAGUCUCACAGGAAGUCCUGCAAAUCAUAAUACCAUUAAUGAUACCACCUUGAAUGUAUUACCAAAUAAUAAUACCUUAUGGUCCACAAGUGACCAGGAUUAUCGACAACACAUGCAGCCUGGCGAUAUUGUGGAGAGCGUUGAUAUGGAAAUGUCGGACGACGAAGCGGAUAAUAAACCGAAAGGAAGAAUAUUAGUUGAUGUUCGAUCUCAAGAUCGUGAUAUGAGAGCAAUGAAUCCAGCGCAAUCUGGGCAGACUCAACAUUUAGAUAUGGACAUGCGUAUGAUACCACUACCUUCUUCUCAAAUGUCAGUACCUCGAGGUCAAAUGCUGCAAGACGUUCAUGUUAUUCACCCUGGGCCGCCUCCACCACCGCCACCACCGCAGUUUCAUCAACCUCAAAACAACUUUCAUCAAACUCAAGGAGAAUUUCAUCAUAAUGCGCCAGUGGAUUUUCAUCCGAAUCAAGCGAAUUUCCAUCAAAAUCGACCACCUCCAAAUUUUCUUCAGAAUCAGCAAGAAUUUCUUCCAGGGCAGCAAGGUUUUCACGAGGUUCAUCAACAGGCUCAGCAAGAAUUUGAAUAUCAUGACAAUCAACAUAACAUUAGAUCGAAUCAAGAUUUCCACGGAGAAUCACAAUUGCGCAACAGGUAUCAACCAACGGACCAUCAACAUCGCGAUGCUCCAAAUUUUCAUAGAAAUGAAAGGAGUGGCCGCGGUGGUCGAGGGUUUCCAAGGAAUCGACGAGAAAGAUAUUCCGAUGAUCAUAAACAGCAACAACAACAACAACAGCAACAACAACAACAACAACAACAACAACGCUCGUCGCCAGAAAUUCUUCCAAAUAGUCGUCCUUUGUUAUUACAACCACCUGAAACGGUCGUUAUUCUUGAUGACGAAGGCAUGCCCAUAGCUAUGCCUGAUUUUGAGCAAGGUGAGGCACCAGCAGGUAUGCAAGUUCUUCAAAAUUCAUCGCAAGAGAAAAUCUGUUCGUUAUCAAUCGAAGAUCACAGAACGCAGCAGGACCUAUCGAGUUCACGUAACUCCGAACAUAGUUCUUCCAGUUAUCCUGCUGGAUUAGAUCACGCAUUGACGAACGAGGAGUUGAUCAAAGGUGACUCCGAUAAUAAUCAGGAACAAUCACCUCAAGAAUCUGCAAUCUCGUCGGAAGAAACAAAGAAUCCUCGCGAUGAUCAGUACACCUCCGUGUCGGAAUAUACGGAACACGUAAAUUCAGAAUCUAGUCUGACGGAGAAAAGAAUCGGCGAUAAUAAUUCUUCAUUGGAAAAUCAAGCUCAAGAAGAUUUUACGGACGCGCCUCAGCUGUCAGAACAGUUAGAGGUUUUGAUUGGAUCUAAUGCAACAUCCUCGAAUGAUCUGAAGAGACCGUCGACGAAUGGUGAUUUUGAUGAGCAACAGGACGAUGUGAUUUGCAGCAAAAGAGUCAUUUUAUCGAACGGUCCGCAACAAACGGUUGCUACAGAUGCCGGUUCGAAUGAUCCCGGAUCGUGCGGUACAUCGACAGACGUUCAUCCUGCUACAGGAUACGAGUACGAUGUGCACAGUAACAGUCCAAACUUUCGACCUCGAGUUGGAGGACCGGCAAUCUUCUCACCUUGGAGAAACGGUCCUCCUCGCGGUAGGAGUGGUUUUCGGGGUGGCCCUAGAGCUCCCUGGAUGGAUAGAGGUCCACGUGGACCGUCUUCCGGGAAUUUUGUUCCGAGGGGACCAAAACGGGGUGGACAAUUUCGGGGAGGUGGUUUUCGUGGUAGAGGGAGAAGUGGUAAUUGGUAAAUAGAAACAGAGGAAGAUCUUAUUGUCGAGAGCAUUAGAAUUUAAUCAGCGAGAUCAAUCAGCAUCAUAACAUCAGCACUUUAAUGAUAUUCUGUAUAUAUAUAUAUAUGUGUAUACACAUAUAUAUAUACAUAUAUACAUAUAUAUAUGUGUAUACACAUAUAUAUACAUAUAUACAUAUAUAUGUGUAUAUAUAUAUACGUGUAUAUAUAUAUAUAUAUUAUAAUAUGUAUUAUCAAUAAUCACGUUGGAAUACAUUCAUUAUUGCAAAUUGAGGCAACAAAAGUGAUACGUACGAUGAUACAGAUAUCUUUUCUGAGGAAGUUUCAGGGGGAUUGUACGUGUGAUUAAUUCACUUAUAAAUACAUAUAUAUAUAUAUAUACACAACAUAUAUAUAUACACACAUAUAUAUAAACAAGAAUAACGUAUAUACAUAUAUACAUGUGUGUGCGUGAGUGCGUGCGUGCGUGUGUCUGUUUGUAUGUAGAUACAUAUUAUAUAUAUUAUAAAUACACAUUAUAUAUCUACAUACACGCGAACAUACAUUUUGUUAAUAGCGACAUCAUUGCAGGCGGCUCUUGUAUAAUUUUACAGGUAGCGAUUGAAAGGCAAAAAAAGGCAGGUACGAAUCUUUCUUCGAUUGCCGUACUUUGUUGAUGAUUGACGUACCUCUAUGAUGAUGAGCGUGUAUCAUUAUACAAAUAUUAUACUAUAAGGAAGACUUGUGUUUAUGUUUAAAAUUCUUGCAACUAAAAGAUACCAUUCACGUUGACUCGUAUAAGCCGUACAAUUUAAAGAUAAAUUCUUCCCAUGUUUUACCAUUCUUCUCUCCAAUCUCUCUUCUUUAUCGGGAUAAGUUUCUAUAUAAAGUGUGGAACAUUAAAAAAUAUAUGGUGCAAUGCGUUACACUUUUGUCCUAUCAUCAAAAUGCGCUCCAUUGAGUCAUCGUGAUUUCAUAAUGUCAACGUCUAUAUCGUGAAACGAUUGCCUGAUUCUUCUCCUUUUUUUCUUGCCUGUUCACUUUUCCUGCAGCUUCAUCGAGAUCUUAUUAUAAAAACAGGCGUGUCAAGGAAACCUCAAAAAAAAAAAAAAAAAAAAAAAAAAAAAAAAAAAAAAAAAAAAAAAAAAAAAAAAAAAAAAAAAAAAAAAAAAAAAAAAAAAAAAACAAAAAAGAAUGUAUUAAUAAAAUCCAGUGUUUAUGUUGUGGUUCACUUGGUACAUUUUCCCUAUUUUUUCCAAGUUGUGUCGAAUAGAUAAAUGUUGUCGAUAAAUCGAUUGUACGCGACGAUUAACGUUGAUGAAAUAAUAAUCACAAAGCAUGUAGAGAGAAGCGUUUUUGCUCGGUGAUCGAUCGAUGACCACAACAGUGAUAGAAACAGCGAACUUCUUAUCGAUUCAAAAAGAAAGAAAGAAAAAGAAAAAAAAGAAAAUUAAUUUUCUCUUAAUAAUUAUUCUAACUUGUUGCUCGCUUUUGUUCUUUUCUGUGAAUAUAUAUAUAUAUAUAUAUAUAUAUAUAUAUAUAUAUAUACAUAUAUAUAUAUGUGCGUAUGCAAUACACACGUAUACGAAUUUUAUUUAUCAUAAAGAAAAGAAAAAAGAAAAGAAAUUAAAGAAGCAAAUUCGCUUGUUUGAUUUGCCGAACUCUCCGAUAAAAGAUUUUUUUAAGCACCUUCAUUUUUUAUUAAUAUAAUAAACAUACAUAAGAACGUU